AUCCUGGUUGGUGCACCAAAAGCUGAAUCAGGGCAACCGGGAACUGCGCAAGCAGGCGCUGUUUUUUCAUGUCCAAUUACAGCACGAUAUACUAACAGUAGUGGUAUCACGGAUUGGUGUCAGCAGGAGAAUGUUGAAUAUGCGACAAUCGACGAGAUGCGCAAGCCGGUGGGCAGUGCUCAUGGCCGUCAGUUGCAUUUCCAGGGCAAAAAUCGCCAGCUCUUGGGAUCGGUGGUUGCCAGCGCCGGGAUACCAAACGGAAUGGCAAUGGUGAGUUGGCUUAUUUUAAUGUUUUUUUCUGCAAAAAUACUUAUUCAUUUAAUUACUCGCUUACAUAAUACUUAUUUAAUUACUUAUUUAAAUAACUGCUCAUCUGCUUUACUUAUUUCCCGCUUAGCUUGCCCCCUCGCCUAUUUAGUCAGUUGCUGCUACUUGUUUAGUUACUAG